AUGUUCCCAGUAGCAUCCCAGUUUGAUCAGUUGACUGGUUUGACCCAUCUCGACAUCUCUAGUUCAUCCUUUUCAGGUAAAAUCCCACUUGAAAUCUCAUACCUUUCUAAACUAUCAUCCCUUGAUCUAUCUGAUAAUUAUGGUUUGAUGUUUGAGGGGCAUGUGUUUGAAACUGUGGUGGGAAACUUGACACAACUAAGGCACCUUCUUCUCUCGGGUGUCAGUAUGUCCUCGGUUGAACCUACUUCUUUCCUUAACAUGUCUUUUUACAUCACAACUCUUAUCCCUGAGGGAAAUAGACUACAAGGGAAAUUCCCUGAAGAUGUUUUCCAGUUUUCAUACCUAGAGAAGUUCCAUCUUAAUGGUUUCCAUUGUCCAUACCUAAAGAUGUUCUAUCCUAAUGGUUUCCAGUGUCCAUACCCAAUGAAGUUAUUUCUUAAUGGUUCCCACUGUCUAUACCUAGAGAAGUUCUUUUAUGUUGAAUUUCAUGGACUAGAAAUCAACCUCCCAAAGACAAAUUGGAGUGGCCCCCUCAAGUCACUGGAACUCUCAUCUUCACAUUUGCAGGAAUUACCUGAUUCAAUUGGUAAUCUUAGAUCUCUAGAGAUACUGGAUCUUUCUUAUACCAAUUUGACAGGGCCAAUUCCAGCAACUCUUGCCAACCUCGCACAACUCAAACGUUUAGAUCUUUCCAAAAACAACCUUAGUGGUCUUUUGCCAAUUCCAGUUUUCAACUUCACACAAGUUGAAUAUCUGGAUUUUUCAAGAAACAAUUUGAUUGGUUCCCUUCCUUCUCGAGUAAGUGGGAUUUUGCGACUUCAUUGGCUAGGCCUUAAUGAAAACUUUCUCAGUGAAAGGGUACUCUCCUGGUUAUUUUCUUUUCCAUCAUUAGAAGUAUUCUGGCUCAGUAAUAACAAGCUUACUGGUACUAUUGACCAAUCUGACAAGGUUGGUGCAUUGGAGAUUACCAGAGAAGGGGGGAACUGGGGAAGCAACCUGCAGUAUGCUGAUCUUUCUGAUAACUUGCUAACAGUUGUAGAAUAUUCUUCAUGGAAGAGAAUAAAAGUUCUAAAGCUUGGAUCCAACCUGCUAGAAGGGCCACUUCUACCACCACCUCCUUCUGCAUCUGUUUUCUUAAUCUCAAAGAACAGAUUGACUGGCAAAAUCCCUUCCUCCAUAUGCAAUUUGAACCAUUCGGAGAAGGCUGUGGUUCUCGAUUUGUCCCAUAACAACUUGAGUGGGGCUAUUCCGAGAUGUCUGGGCUUGAGAAAUAUUUCUGUUCUAGAUUUGCAGAUGAAUCAUCUACAUGGAAGUAUCCCUGAUUUUUGUGUUGAGGGAAACAAGAAGUUACAAACACUCAACCUCAACAACAAUGAUUUUGAUGGGCCACUACUUAAGUCCUUGGCUAAUUGUCAUGAUUUGGAAGUGUUGAAUCUUGGAAAUAACAAGAUAAAUGACACAUUUCCCACUGGUUGGAAACUCUCCCUCGGCUACAAGUUCUUGUCUUGCGAGCCAACUAUUUCCAUGAUCAAAUAA